UCAGUGGUGACAGUUUGUUGAUAAACACAUACAAAACAAACAAAUAAACGUAAACUAAACAUCACUACUCUAAACUAUAACCUAUCUAUAAUUAUUUAUUAUGUGUUCAAGUGUUUACUGCUUUUAUUAUCAUGAAUAUUGAUAAUAUUGUAUUAAAAAUGCAUUUCUGAUUAAUAUGAGCUUUUAUCUGAAACCGCCUAGAGGAAUUGUUAAUCUACAUACCUUGGAAGCAUGUGUAAAAGAAAGACUUACAUGUUACAAGUUUCUAAACAAGCAAAGUUUAGAAGUAACUCAUUUUCAAUAUUUAGUAGAAGAUAGUUCCUUAGAUCGAACAGGUCAUUUCAUUUUAAGAUUAAUUGCUUGUUGCAAUAAGAAAUUUAAGUAUGAUUUUAUAGAAAAUGAGGUAAAACUUUUCGAAACACGACUAUGUUCUUAUGAUAUACAAGAUUUAAAACUUUGCCUCAAAAGGUUACUUAAACAUACAAGAGAAACUCUAAACAUAGCUACCAAUAAAACUUUAUUGCAUUUACUUGCAGCUUUAACAAGAAUACUGUUAUUUAUGCUAAGGAAUGCUUAUUUAAACCACAUAUUUAAUGACUGUGAAGGUUGUAGCCUUUUUACAAUUGAAGGUUUGACUUGAGUUUAUAUUUGAAAGGUAUUGGAAUGUCAAUGUCUGAAUCACUUAAGUUCUGGGAAGAUAUGUAUUCAAAAGAACACAGCACUUGCUCCAAAUGUACACACAGUUGGCAAAAAAAUGAAAAACG